AUGAAUAUUGAUCAAUUUCUAGAUUGGUUUAAUUCAAGAGGUGUUUGUACAGAAAAUAUAAAUGUUUCUUAUAAAAAAGAUAUUGGUUUUGGUCUUUAUUCUUCUAAAUCAUUAAUUGAAAAAGAUUCUCUCAUUCUUUCAAUACCUGAACAUCUUUUUAUUAAACCAUCAUUUGAAAAAAGUGAUUUAACAGGUUUUGAACAUCUUAUUAUUUAUUUAUUAGAAGAAAAAACAAAUCCAUAUGUUGAAUUUCUUCGAUCAAUAAAAUCUAUUCCAAAAUGGCGUUUUUAUCCAAAUGAUAAAUAUCCUCAACAAUUAAUCGAUAAAAUGAGUAAACAUAUUAAUAAAUAUAAUAAAUCACGAAAUAAAUUUUUAAAUUAUAAUGAUCAAGAUUUUCAAUGGGCUUAUUAUACAAUAAAUACACGAUGUGUUCAUUUCGAUAUGAAUAUUUCAUCAAAGGAUCAAGAUGAUAAUCUUUGCCUUAUUCCAUAUUUAGAUUUUGUUAAUCAUUCAAUUGAACCAAAUACAAUUUCAAAAUAUAAUUCCUUAACUAAUUCGUAUGAUAUAUAUACAAUAAAAUCAAUAAAUUUAAAUGAAGAAAUAACAUUUAUUUAUAAUCCUCAUUCAAAUGUUGAUUUAUUUAUUGAAUAUGGUUUUAUUCUAUCAGUUAAUCCAUAUAAUCAAUUAAACAUCGAAUAUCAACUUGAACAAAUUCUUUCGAAUAAACAAAUUGAAAUAAUUAAAUCAUUUAAUUAUUGGAAUUCAUUAGAUUUAUAUUCAUCUAAUAAUGAUAUAUCAUGGACAAUAAUUAAAUCAAUUGAAUUAACUUAUAAUAAUAAUAAUUGGUCACCAUAUUAUCAUCCAUCAUACAAAGAUAAAUAUAAAUUAUAUGAUAAAAUUUACUUUUUUUUAACAAUUAUUAAACAAAAUAUAGAAAAAGAUUUUCAACAAUGGAUAACAAAUCAUUUUACUUUAGAGAAAAAUAUACUUUAUAACGAUUUUUUAACAAUUAUUCAUCAUACAUCUACUAUUAUCAACAAUAUAUUUAACUAA